UGUUUUUGUUUUCAUCCGUAGGUGGGGGGCCCUUCUGCUGCCGCCCCGCCUUCUCUCUCUCUGUCUCUCGUAGCUUUGCUGUAUUGAAGGAAGAAGCGACCUCCCCCCCGCGCUCCUUCCCCACACGCACCUUCUCUCAGGUGUUGCUCUUGGGUCCCCUCCCUCAGUCCGCACAGGGGAACGUUUUCUGCCUCCUCUUCCCUCCCCUCAGCACACCCCAGCCUGGCUUAAUAACAACAACACAGCGCAGAGCCCUGAAGUUCUCUGUUGCAUUGCGGGGAGGGGGCCAUUUCUUUCCCCAGCCCUUCAGGUUGAGAAUAAGCAUAACUGGCCCCAUAUAACAGACAUAAGAGAGGAGGAAGCUGCUCUAAAGCCACCCCUGUGAAGAAAGUAACUGAGCUGGUGUGUCACCUUUUUCGCACCCCCCUCCCAAAAUCUUAUGGGUUCCUUUCAAUUUGUCUCUGGUGCAAGGGGUCUUCUCCCUCCUCCUCCAUUAGGAAUGGGUUUUUCUACUUUCUUUGCGGUUUAUGCCAGGAUACUGUGCUGUUUUACUGUUGGAAGAGCCUUGCAGCUCCUGGUGCAGCUUAGCUUGGUGCCCUCCAGAUCCUGUUUGACUGCAGUUCCCAUCAUUGGCUAUGCCAGCUUGUACUGAUGCGUAUUGUAGUCUAGUGAAAUAUGGAGGACAGCACAUGGGCUACCACUGACCUAGUGUCUUCAUUAGGGUAGGGUCUUGUUUCCACCUUAAUUGAACUAAUCAUCUAGCACCCCCUGCUUCCAGGUGAGGACUGAGUGUGCAACAGGUAAUCCCCCUAUAUGUAUCACACUGUAAUUGUAUAUGGUCCAUUAAAAAAAUCUAAUCAUUUCUAAACCAAUGUCCUUGCACACACCUUGCUUAAAUCUAAAUGUUAAUAGCAGUGGAUACAUCAAGUUUAGAGAUAGGAAAGAAGCAUGGUCUUUCAACUCCAGUGUUUUGAAAUAGCAGCUGGCUGUUCUGGCUUGCUUUAAUCUAUAUGUACUGUGUAUAUAUAAGCAUACUCUUUCACAGGCUCCUUCAACUAUGAGAGGUCAGAACAAACUCCACUGCAGUUUGCCAGUGGCAAUAGCAUGCUUGCAGAUGGAGCCUUUUUCAAUGAGUUGGGAUUUAUGCUUCUUUCUUUUGUAUGUGAAUGAAGUUAAUCUUCAGCUUACAGCCCUUUGUCAAAGGAUGCCUUGAGCUACCUUGUUGAGGUGUGCAAGUUCUAAAGAGAAUUGGCUGCAUUUAAAAUGUGGGGACAGCUGUAGUUUGUUCUUCCUGCCUGACUAAGCAGAAAUCAUUUUCAUUCCUGAAUGUUUCUAGUUCUCUUUCCUUAUCUCAGCAAGCAGACUUUAAUCUUUCAGUGAAAUGUAAAAUUCUGGUACUAGGAGGGGUUGUCCUAGUAGUUGAUCAAUCGAGAUCAAGCAAUACCAUGUGUAUAACAAUUACACAGGUGGAUCUAACCCAACCCGGAGGUUUAUGUCCUGCACAUGUGCUUUAUGUAGAAGGCUAAGAUCUGGUUAUCCAUAUAGGAACUUUUUUGUGGUAUUCCUGUGGAAUCAGCAUUGUUUGGGAAACAUUAAUUUGUGAAAUAGAUCCAAAGUCUGUUUAACCUAGAGCCAGGCAACCUGUGGCCUUCCAGAAGUUGCUGAAUUGCAGCUCAUGUCAUCCCUGACCAUUAACCCUGCUGGUUUAACUUUUGUGAACAUAAUUGUGAACAUCAUCCCUGACCAUUAACUGGCCCUGGUUUAACUUUGUGAACAUAGUUCUCAGAGUUUGAUAGGGAAGAACAACCUACCUGGAUCUAUUUUGUGAACAUGAGUAUAAUUUCUUGCUCCAAAGACAGAAAAUAUUCUGCUUGAAAUAAAUGGUACUUUUUGAAGCUGUUGUAUUCAACUUAAAAUCCUGAUAAAUCACCACGAUAAUUUUCAUAGGCUUUCCUGGGAUUCUCCUUUAAUAAUGAAUAUGUUUUAUCCUUGACCUGGUUUCAUAUUAUUAUUGUUUAUUAAAUGUAUUAAUCAUUUGUUACCUAAAAGGUCUCCAAGUGACUUACAUUUAAAACAUUUACACAAAUACAUUGUACUGUAGGCAAGGGAAAAAUGUUUCAUGCAAUAUAUAAAAACCCCAGCCCCAUUAACAGCUACAGGAAGCUUUGGUUGUAAACCAAACUCAACUGAGUUUAUCAAAGGCCUGGGUAAAUUGUCUCUUAGACUGGGGCUGAAAAGAUGUCAGUGAAGGUGCCAAGCAGGACUCCUAAAGAGAGCAUUCCACAGAUGUGGAACCACUAUUGAAAAGGCCCUUUGGCACUACCUUCCAAGCCUCCCUCAGAGGAUGAACCUGGAGAAGGGCCUCACAUAAUGAUCUAAGUGUCCAGGUAUGUUCAUUUCUGGAAUGCCUUUCUCAAUAAUAUUGGGCUCCUGAACCAUAAAGAGUUUUAAAAGUCAAAACCAGCACUUUGAAUUGGGCUCAGAAACAUACAACAACCAAUUUAAUGUGAACAGAAUUGGUGUUCUGUUCAUCUUAAACCUGUCAGUAGUCAGGCUGCAGUAACUGAAGCUUCCAAACUGUUUUCAAAGGCCCCAUCCAUCAGUUGGAGGGCAGAGUGUUGUGCUUUAUUACAACCACUGUAAUCCACCUUAAAAAUGAUUCAAUUGGAAGGCUUCAUAUAUACAAUUAUAUAUUACUGUAUAUUCCUACGUAUAAGACUUACUUUUUAACCCAGGAAAAUCUUCUCAAAAGUCAGGGGUCGUCUUAUACGCCGGGUUGUAUUUCUUAUAUGACGAGUAUAUUCCAAACUCUAUAUUUUAACUGGAAAAGUUGGGGGUCAUCUUAUACGGUGUAUAUAUAGAGAGAGCUCUUGAUGUGGCUGUACACAACUUCAGAGACCAAUUCAGUUCAUUCAAAACUCAAGGGAGAAUGACCUCAAUAGUAAAUGUGUUUUAGUACUGUAUUGCUUUUUGGUAGCUAACUCUUAUAUGUGCUCUUCAUUACUGGAAUAGAAUAGAAUAGAAUAGAAUACUUUAUUGUCAUUGUACAUAGUGCAACAAAAUUGAAUGCCAUCCCAUAAUAAACUAAAUAAAAACAAAAUUACAGCCACACACAGCCACACACCCAUCACAACUCCCCAGGAUCAUACUAUUUAGUUACAGCACUUAAGAUGGUUAUAGCUCUUGGAUAGAAAUGGUAUCACCUUCCUUGUUAUGGGAAAGGUUAGUCUAAUGCAAACAGUUGUAGUAGUAAAUGAAAGAGAAAUUGUUAACAGUAUUGAAUAUGGUCAGUAUAGCAACCAUAUAUGCUGAGCAGACUUUACAGAAAAGUAGAACCAGGUGAUAAUGUCCAUAUUAAGGAUCCAAAGCAGAAAAAAAUAAAAAGUAUUGGGGGUGAUACUUUAUCAUUUGACUGACUUACCCAGGUGGCUGUGGUCAACAUGUGGUACCCCUUUCUUGUGUGACACAGGCAACAAAGGUUUGAGGCACUCCUGGACGACAGUAGAAGAACCCACUAGCUUAGGUGUGGCAUAGUCAUGCCUGCACUCCUGCCUACUAUUAUGCACAGAAGACGAGAUUGGCCAUUCUUGCUAUGGCUGAUAGGAGUUGUAGUUAAGCAACAUAUGAAGGGCUAAGGGUUCCCUACCUCUAACCUAAUACCUCAAACUUUAGGUUCACUUGUCAAAACAGUUGCCCAUCACUGGCUUGGCGAAACAAGGCGUGCAGUCCUCUUAACUAUGAACUGUUGUCAGAAUCCCUCUACAUUCUAACAGCAUAGUUGCUGUAAACAUAGUUACUGUAAACUUAAGUUACAAAGUUCCACUGCUCUGACCAAAUCUUCCAAUGCCCUGAUUUUAAACAUGUUUAUUAGAAGCAAAUCCCAGUGACAUUAUGGUGGUUCUUUGGAAAAAUAGAAGUGUGACCUUACCUAAUAGUCUUUACCUAACAGGAACAACAGUUCUUCACCUAAUGCUGUGGGGAAGACUUAAAUGCUUUAUGAAUAAUUUUAUAAUUUUCUAGUGUUUGUUAGAGUUGUCUGAGAACUUCAUAGGUGCUGUAGCUGUGCUUGUGGAAAGCGCUCAGGAGGAUUGUCUUCUUGAGUUCUUGCCACUUAAACCGCCUAAUUGUAAAUGUGCUUUGUUUCAGAGAUGGUGGAACCAGGACAAGAUCUGUUGCUUGCUGCUUUGAGUGAGAGUGGAAUCAGCCCAAAUGACCUGUUUGAUAUUGAGUCUACAGAUAUGGGUCUUGCAACCCCAGCUCCAGCCAUUCAGCAGUCAGCCCCAGUUAGUGCAUUAGAACUGGGCAUGGAGACUGAAGCAUCACUUGCUGUUAAAACAGAACCACAGACUGCAUCUUCUCCAGCUGUGCUGAACAUCAGGCAACCACCAUCAACUACAACCUUUGUGUUGAAUCAAAUAAACCAGCUUCCUACUCUGGGAACUACCAUAGUAAUGACAAAAACAACCCCUGUCACCACUACCAGGCAGACGAUUACUGUAGCAAAAAUUAUACAGACCAGCACCACUACCCGGCCAUCAGUUGCCGCGCCAGCAGUUCGGAAUGCCCUGACUACCACAACUCCCAAGGACCAGAUCCAGCUAAAAGAUUUGCUAAAAAACAAUAGUCUUAAUGAGCUGAUGAAGCUGAAGCCACCUCCCAACAUUGCUCAGCCGGUUGCAACAGCUGCAACUGAUCUAAGCAAUGGUACUGUAAAAAAGGAGGCGUCUACUAAAGAAGUAGCAAGAAUAUGGAUAAAUGACAUGAAAAUGAGAAGCUUUUCUCCUACAAUGAAAGUGCCAGUAGCAAAAGAGGAAGAAGAGCCUGAAGAAGAAGAUGAAGAAGAAAUGGGUCAUGCAGAGACCUAUGCAGAGUACAUGCCCAUAAAAUUAAAAAUUGGUCUGCGUCAUCCUGAUCCAGUGGUAGAAACCAGCUCUCUCUCCAGUGUUACCCCUCCAGAAGUUUGGUAUAAGUCUUCAAUUCCUGAAGAGAGUAUUGAUAGUGGCUGGCUGUCAGCAUUGCAGCUUGAAGCUGUUACAUACGCAGCACAGCAACAUGAAACAUUCCUACCCAAUGGAGACAGAGCUGGUUUCUUGAUAGGUGAUGGUGCAGGUGUAGGAAAAGGAAGGACCAUAGCUGGAAUAAUAUAUGAGAACUACCUCUUGGGUAGAAAAAGGGCAGUGUGGUUUAGUGUUUCAAAUGAUCUGAAAUAUGAUGCAGAAAGAGAUCUGAGAGAUAUUGGAGCAAAAAACAUUUUGGUUCAUUCAUUAAACAAGUUCAAAUAUGGAAAAAUUUCUUCAAAACACAACGGGAGUGUGAAGAAAGGUGUCAUAUUUGCCACCUAUUCCUCUCUUAUUGGAGAAAGUCAGUCUGGGGGUAAAUAUAAAACCAGGCUCAAACAACUUCUUCACUGGUGCGGAGAUGACUUUGAUGGAGUUAUAGUAUUUGAUGAAUGUCACAAGGCUAAAAAUCUUUGUCCUGUUGGGUCGUCAAAACCAACUAAGACAGGUUUGGCAGUUCUGGAGCUGCAGAAUAAAUUGCCAAAAGCCAGAGUUGUCUAUGCUAGCGCCACAGGUGCAUCUGAGCCACGCAAUAUGGCAUAUAUGAACCGCCUUGGGAUAUGGGGUGAAGGAACUCCAUUUAGGGAGUUCAGUGACUUUAUUCAGGCUGUUGAAAGAAGAGGUGUAGGUGCCAUGGAAAUUGUUGCUAUGGAUAUGAAGCUACGAGGAAUGUAUAUAGCAAGGCAGCUGAGCUUUUCGGGUGUAACCUUCAAAAUUGAUGAGGUUCAGCUUUCACAUCACUAUGUUAAAAUGUAUAAUAAAUCUGUAAAAAUGUGGGUAAGUGCCAGGGAGAAAUUCCAGCAAGCCGCCGACCUCAUUGAUGCUGAGCAGCGGAUGAAGAAGUCUAUGUGGGGCCAGUUCUGGUCUGCCCACCAGAGAUUCUUCAAAUACCUCUGCAUAGCUUCCAAAGUGAAAAGGGUGGUACAGCUGGCACGAGAAGAAAUAAAGAAUGGCAAAUGUGUAGUCAUUGGGCUGCAGUCCACAGGGGAAGCAAGAACCUUAGAAGCUUUGGAAGAAGGUGGUGGGGAACUGAAUGACUUCGUUUCCACAGCAAAGGGAGUAUUUCAGUCUCUCAUUGAGAAACAUUUCCCAGCUCCUGACAGGAAGAAGCUUUUUAGCUUGCUGGGAAUCGACUUGUCUGCUCAAAGUAAUAACAACUCUCCUAGAGACAGUCCUUGCAAGGAGGACAAAAUGAAGAAACGCAAAGGUGAAGAAAUAACCAGAGAAGCCAAGAAAGCACGUAAAACUGGCGGGCUAGCUGGGAGCAGUUCUGACGAAAGCUACAGUGAGUCGGACAUCUCGGACAAUGAAGAGAGUGAUAAUGAGAGCUCCAGGUUUUUAAGCUCUGGGGAAGAUGAUGACUUCAACCCGUUUAAGGAUGAAUCUAGCGAGGAUGAUGAAGAUGACCCCUGGCUAAUUAGGAAAGAACAUAAGAAAAAUAAAGAAAAGAAAAAAAAGAAAAGCAUUGACCCAGAUUCCAUUCAGAGUGCCUUACUAGCGUCUGGACUUGGAUCCAAACGGCCCAGUUCUCUUUCUUCCACAGUAGUUACCUCUUCUACUACAAAUACGUCUGCUAACAGUAAUACAAAUACCAGCUAUGUAACAAGUCAGGAUGCUGUUGAGAGAGCCCAGCAGAUGAAAAAGGAAUUGCUUGAUAAAUUGGAAAAACUAUCAGAAGAUCUUCCUCCUAAUACACUGGAUGAACUUAUAGAUGAACUGGGUGGACCUGAGAAUGUGGCUGAGAUGACAGGUCGCAAAGGGAGAGUCGUGAGUAAUGAUGAUGGCAGCAUCUCUUACGAGUCCAGGUCUGAGCUAGAUGUUCCUGUUGAAAUCCUAAACAUCACAGAGAAGCAAAGAUUCAUGGAUGGAGAUAAGAAUAUUGCCAUCAUUUCUGAAGCAGCCAGCUCUGGUAUUUCAUUGCAAGCAGAUCGACGAGCCAAGAACCAGAGGCGAAGGGUACAUAUGACUCUGGAGUUGCCGUGGAGUGCAGAUAGGGCAAUACAGCAGUUUGGCCGAACUCACAGGUCCAAUCAAGUGACCGCACCAGAAUAUGUCUUCCUAAUAUCUGAACUGGCUGGAGAACAAAGAUUUGCAUCAAUCGUUGCCAAACGCCUGGAGAGCUUGGGAGCUCUCACUCAUGGCGACCGAAGAGCAACAGAAACAAGAGACCUCAGUAGGUUCAACUUUGACAACAAGUAUGGCCGAAAUGCAUUGGAAAUAGUGAUGAAGUCCAUUGUGAACUUAGACUCUCCGUUGGUGUCUCCACCUGCUGAUUAUCCAGGAGAAUUCUUUAAAGAUGUCCGUCAGGGUUUAAUAGGUGUGGGCCUAAUAAAUGUAGAAGACCGGUCUGGGAUUCUAACGCUUGACAAAGAUUACAACAAUAUAGGGAAAUUUCUGAACCGGAUUCUGGGUAUGGAAGUGCAUCAGCAGAAUGCUUUAUUCCAGUAUUUCUCGGACACGUUAAAUGCAGUAAUACAGAACGCUAAAAAGAAUGGAAGAUAUGACAUGGGCAUUUUAGAUCUGGGUUCAGGAGAUGAGAAAGUGAGGAAGGCAGAUGCAAAAAAAUUUCUCACACCAGGAUAUUCUACCUCAGGACAUGUUGAAUUGUAUACUAUAAGCGUGGAGAGAGGGAUGUCUUGGGAAGAAGCAACAAAGAUUUGGGCUGAACAAACUGGACCAGAAGAUGGAUUUUAUUUAUCACUUCAGAUACGAAACAAUAAGAAAACUGCCAUCCUGGUGAAAGAAGUGAAUCCCAAAAAGAAGCUUUUCCUAGUAUAUAGACCAAAUACCGGAAAACAAUUGAAAUUGGAGACGUAUGGAGAAAUAAAGAAAAAAUAUAAAAAGGUUCCUUCUGACGAUGCUGUGGCCCACUGGCUAGAGCAGUACACAUCAUCAGCAGACACUUGCACCCAUGCUUACUGGAGAGGCAAUUGCAAAAAAGCAAGCCUGGGCCUGGUUUGUGAAGUUGGCCUGCGCUGUCGGACGUACUAUGUCCUGUGUGGUUCAGUCCUAAGCGUCUGGACAAAGGUAGAAGGAGUUCUAGCCUCAGUAAGCGGUACAAAUGUCAAAAUGCAGAUCGUUCGGCUACGGACGGAGGAUGGACAGAGGAUUGUAGGCUUGAUCAUUCCCGCAAAUUGUGUGUCUCCCCUCGUAAACCUACUUUCGACAUCAGACCAGUCACAACAGCUUGCAGUGCAACAGCAACAAAUAUGGCAACAGCAUCACCCACAGAGCAUUACCAACUUCAACAAUGCAUAAGAAAAGAGAGUCUUUGGUAUUUGGCUGUACAAGCGGAUCAUUGCAUUUUUUUAAAAUAUCAGGGACAGAUUCCAAAGAAAUAACUUUCAGUUCCAUCAUGCUCUCUUAGAACUGUGCAGAAGUGGAGAGACACCUGAAGGGUGGUCAAACUGAAAGCCAAACAUUGUUUCACAGUGGUCCAUGUGUCCUUUUUUUUUACCCCCCCCCCCAAUGCUCUUUAUAGAGCUGCUUCUUUUUACAAAAAAUAUUUGUCCUACUUAAGCUACAAACCAUGACUUUGUUUGUGAAGAGGCUUGAAAAUUCCCAACCAACCUAUCCAUUCACCUUGUCAUAACAGUGCUCAGGGUUUAAUGCAGUCCAUCGGUGCCAUUGCUGCGGGAGAGGUCCUCAGAUGCAUGUAUUGUGAGUUCAUAUUAUAGAGAUGAUAUAUAUAUAUUAAUGGUGGCAACACAGGUCUCAAUAAAAAAGUACAUUUAUUUAAAAAGCAUGAAAAUUUAAAAGUUUGCAAACCACACAUUCAAGUUUGUUCCCCCUUUUUGUUUGGGCUGUGCAUGUCUUUGGAUUAGGCACGAGCAGGAUCUCCUUCACAAAAAGUCAACACGGAAAAGGAAGAGAGAGACAAUCUCAGUACAGCAUUGAGGAUUGCAUUUUAAGAAAAAGGCCCAGUGAUUGCAUUUUCUGGCUUUCUUCUAGAGGUUAUAUAUUUGAAUCUGCAACAUGUUUGUGCGUGUGUGAUGGAAACAUCUUAAAUUUUUAAAGUUCCUUUUUUAAAUGUGUUAAUGGUGUUCCUAAUUGUGUGCUGCAAGAAUGGCUUUAAAAAAGCCUGAUUUAUUUUCUUUUUUCUUUCCUUCUCAAAUGUUUCCUUUAUCCAGUGAGGUUUUUAGGAAACACAAGUGCAAAUUUACUUCCAUUUCACAUUACAGCCCUUUUAAAAAAGUUUUUGUUUUUUGUUACUCAAUACUUGAGCUGUAAAUUUGACAUGGGGGGGAGGGGGGCAGCAGCACGUGAGGGUGCCGAUGUGUAUGCUGGGUUGAUUUCCCCCCCCCUCCCGUUGCCCCGUAACUUGAAUACUUUUGUUUAUGUUGUAAGACAUUGUAGAGUUUAUCCUGGAGCUGUUUAAAAUUGUAAAUGUACAAAAUGUGAAUAGUCACUUAUCUAAAAAUAUGGGUAAGUUUUGUUUUGCCUAUAAUAGUAGAUGUUUAUAAAGAAAGUGAAGGACAAUGUUUGUCAUUUUUCUUCUUGCUUGCACAGGUUGCACUAUUGAAAAUUUGAGAUUGUAUAAACCUGUCCACAGAACUGCAAGAUACCAAAAUCUUGUAGGUGUCAAAUAAAUAAAAAAGCUAUUGUUCUAACAA